AUGGAGCUGAAGAGAGGAAGGACCUUCAUCAAAUCCAGCCUGCAGACUUCCCAUGAGAAACCUGCAGACCCAGUAGUCCCUGCCCCUGCCAGGGGGGAUGCAGGCCCCUGGUCAGUCCCCCUGGGAGGACAGCAGAGGCCCCACAGUGAAAAAACCCCCCAGAGCAGUCUCAGAGCCCAAGACUAUGACAGAUGCUCCAACCAGGGGGCACAGCCAGACCCUGAGGGGGGUCCUGCCACCCCCUGUGGGGCCACCUUUAAGCUGGUACGAAAGAGCAAGACUCACGACAGUGUGCUAGGGGCUGGCAGAGCAACAGCCACCACCGGACAGCUGGUGGGCAGUGCGAGCUUCCCGGGGCCCUCGAGCAGCCAGCGCAUGAUCGACUACCGGCACUUUGUGCCCCAGAUGCCAUUCGUGCCAGCUGUGGCCAAGAGCAUCCCAAGGAAGAGAAUUUCCCUGAAACGGCCCAAGAAGUGCUUUCGGAACCUCUUCCACAUUCGCAGAAACAAGACUGAGAACUUGGCGGCACUGGCAGAUAAGGAGAAGAGCAUGCCUUCACCUGGGGGCCCAUUGGACUCUGGAGGGAAGCGAGGGAAAGCCUUCCUCCCCCUGGGUGAGGGGCCAGGGCCAGACAGCCUGUGUCAGGACCUGUCUGACAGUGAGCUCCUGACCGACUCGUCCUUGGACCUCUGCAGGGUCCUAUGUGAGGAUGUGGCCUCCCUUCAAAGUUUCGACUCACUCACAGGCUGCGGGGAGAUCUUUGCUGACGAGAGCUCGGUGCCAUGCCUGGACCUGAAUGAAGGCCCAGAGAGCCCAGCUGGGGUGCCUCAGAACCUGGAUAGCAAGGUCUCCAGAGGUCCCUUCCAGGGUGGCGUAGAGCAGCUGGCAUCGCCUGCCCAAAAUGAGGCAUCCGACUUCAGCAAGUUCUGGGAGAGUGUGAACCGCUCGGUGAGGCAGCAGCAGCGUGCCCUGCUGGGCCCAUGGCCUGCAGCCACCCAGGGAACAGAUACAGACCGGCCCAGGCUGGAUGCAGCUAGGCUUGCCGAGCUGCCCCUGUGCAGAAAUCCCCUGAGUGGCUCCAAAGCUAGCUCUGUUGACACAGGUACUCCCAAGAGCGAGCAGCCGGAAUCUGUGUCCACGAGUGAUGAGGGCUACUACGAUUCCUUCUCACCAGGCCUUGAGGAGGACAGGAAGGAGGCCACAAGUCCGGGAACACCUGCAGCCCCCUUUCCACGGGACAGCUACAGCGGGGAUGCCCUCUACGAGCUCUUUCAUGACCCCAGCGAGGUCCCUGUCGGCUCCAGCCCAGACGAUGACCUGUGUGUGUCUGAGAGCCUGUCAGGGCCAGCCCUGGGGACGCCGCUGUCCAUAUGCAGCUUCCACAUGGGGGCCGAAGAGAACCUGGCCCCGGCUCCAGGCCCCGACCUGCUCAGCCAGGGCUUCCUGCAGAGUUCCUGGAAGGGCAAGGAGUGCCUGCUGAAGCUGUGCGAUACAGAGCUGGCUAUCACCAUGGGCAUCGUCAGCUGGCUCCGCCGGGGCCCUGGACCCCGAGCCCCACCUGCCCCUGUAGAGCCCACAGUCCCAACUGGUCCCCAGAAGGCCCCCAGGGGACCAGCAGAGAAGCUAGAGGGCAGGGGGCCCCAGGCCUCAGAAGCAGGAGGACCCCCAGUGUGCUCAGCACCCAGCAGGCAGGAGCUGUGGGCACGGUCAAGCACCAAGUGCCUGCCUCCCAGAGAGAGCCAGGUCCCAGGGAGCUCUGCACAGGGGCCAAGCACUCUGUCCAGGGACUGCUCUCUGGAGGAAGGGACACAAGGCCGUCCUGCAGGUUUGUUCUCCUCUGUGGGGUCUGCAGCUGCUGUGACAGCAGACACUCCCAGUACAAACAAGGCUCUAAGCCCCUCUACCUGGCCCAGCUCCCAGAAGGAGCCAAGGCCACCUGGGGAUCUGGGAUCUUUCCAAGGCCUCUGGAGGCCUGCUCACAGGGGAAACACGUUGGACACAGAGCCCAUGUUGACAGGCUGUGUGGCCCGUGUGGCGGCCCUACAGAUCCACCCAGAUGGCCAACAACCAUCUGGACGGCUUCUAAGGCAAGACGUAGGCAGUGGGCUCUGCAGGCAGCCCCAGGCCAGGGGCCCUGGCAUUCUGCCACAGAAACAGCCCAGUAGCUGUUCCACCACAGCCAUCACCCGUGACCUGCCCUCUCUAGCCAGCACACAGAACCAGAGGCGUCGAGACUACACCUUGGACCUAAGCCGGCUCAGAGUGAAAUCUGCUGGGCUGAGUGUCCAGGCCAGUGCCUCUGUGGAGGACCAGGCCCCACAGCUCAGCAUGGGGGCUGUGGAGCAGGCAGCACAUGGUGGUCAGCCGGACUCUGAGCCCCACUCAGCUCCUGCUGCCUGGCACAGCCCCCAAGGCCUCCUGGCUUUGGACAGCCAGCGGGAGGUGGGGCCCUCAGCGAGUGCCCCAGAAUGUCGCUGCAGCCUCCUGGCCCGGGAAAGCCUCCUCUACAUCCAGCCCGAUAUGGGGGCCCCCAGACUAGCCAUGGCUGAGCCUCACCUGUAG